AUGGUGGUGGAUAUCUAUGAGAGUGCAGAUGCAGUUAGAGGUCACAACCCUGACCUUGAAGGUACUGACACAAAGAAAGCCCCAGACCCAGCACCACACACAGGUGGAGCCACUGCAUGGGGCAGGUGCUACAGAGUGACUGUAGUGUGUGUGGUGCUGCUGUGUAUUCUCCUGACAACUGCCUUCACAUUGCUGUGGUUCAAAUUCAACAUCCUGAAGACAGAAAUCAACCUGCUACAAACUAGAAACAAAAACCUGACUAUAGAAAGAGACCAGUUACAGAUCAAUUAUAACAACCUGACUAUAGAAAGAGACCAGUUACAGACCAGUAACAAAAACCUGACUAUAGAAAGAGACCAGUUACAGACCAGUAACAAAAACCUGACUAUAGAAAGAGACCAGUUACAGACCAGUAACAAAAACCUGACUAUAGAAAGAGACCAGUUACAGACCAGUAACAAAAACCUGACUAUAGAAAGAGACCAGUUACAGACCAGUAACAAAAACCUGACUAAAGAGAGAGACCAGUUACAGACCAGUAACAAAAACCUGACUAAAGAGAGAGACCAGUUACAGAGCAAAUUCAACAUCCUGAAGACAGAAAUCAAGCUGCUACAAACCAGUAACAACAACCUGACUAAAGAGAGAGACCAGUUACAGGCCAAUUACAACAACCUGACUAAAGAGAGAGACCAGUUACAGAGGGAAAGAGAUGAUCGCCUGAAGACAUUUUGCAAUUCGUACAAAGAGAAUUGUUUCAGCUUCAACUCCAGUUUUUAUUUCAUGUCUAAUGAGACCAAGAGCUGGACUGAGAGCAGACAGGACUGCAGGGACAAAGGAGCAGACCUGGUGAUCAUAAACAGCAGAGAGGAACAGGAGUUCAUCAGUAAACAAAAGGUGAAUAACAAAGUUCAGGCUUGGAUUGGUCUGAGUGACAGAGAGACAGAGGGAGAGUGGAAAUGGGUGGACGGUACACCACUGACUACAGAAAAGAACAUUAAGUUCUGGGCUAAUAAGGAACCAAAUGGAGGUGCUGGUGAGAACUGUGCUGAGUUUUAUAGUGGUGCAGCUGGGAACUUCUGUAAUGACAAGAAAUGCUCUGUGAAACUAAACUGGAUCUGUGAAAAACAUCUUUCAGAGUAGAAGUUCAUUAUUUUAUAGUGGAAAGGCAUUUCACAAAUUGGACAUACUGUAUACAGUAUAUUGUAUUGAUUUUGCUUGUGAGGGACAUUCCAUUUUAAGAAUUUUAUUUUAAUAAAAAUAAUUUAAAUUAAGACAACUGUUAUUAAACAACAGUGGAAUUGUGAGUUAGAGAAAUCCUUCAAGGCCAGUGACAAAUAAUUACUAAAAAUAAUGUCUAUUACCUCUACUGUAUGUGCCCCAUAGAAUAUAUAAUGACUUACUAUCUAUUAUUAUAAUAGAUAAAUAGAUAUUUGAAU